UGAAAGUGCUAUUCCAGAAGGUGAUUCGUCAGACACUGAUGUGGACGGUAAUUUUGAGGCUGACAUGAGCGCCGUAAGUCUCGGUACCCCAGCCUUGUCACCACUUCAUGUCGACCCAGUCAGUAGUGAUGCAGGGUCUGAGGAGCCAUUCUGGAAUGAAAGCCAACAUUAUUCAUUCAUUAACUGGGCGCACCCUAAUGACGAGUUGGAGAUCCUAUAUGGCGAUGAUGACUUGCACGGAGGUUGGAAGUUAGGAGAUCCGUUAUUUGUGCAACAAGAAUUUGGGUCCAAACCAGAAUUGCAACAUGCUGUGAAGAUACAUUGUAUGAAGGGGCGCAGGACAGCCAUAGUUGAAAAAAGCGACGAGUCAAGAUUUGUUAUGAAGUGUAAAAACCAUGCUGACGGUUGUCCCUGGUAUAUGAGGGCAAUUAAGCCGAAGAAGGGAGCUAACUGGGUGGUCCGUAAAUGGGGUCAAGGUCACACAUGCCUAAAUCAAGGCCUAGCACAGGAUCAUAGACAGUUGGAUUCAAAUGUCAUUUGUGCGGCUAUAAUGAGUGAGAGGUUGGAUGAUUGGUCCUGGUUUCUUAGCCUUUUACGUUUUCAUGUCACACACAAGCAUGAUGCUGUUUUGGCAAUUUUUGUUGCAUUUUGGUAA